AUGUUUGGUUAUUGUCAACCGUACAAACUACUCGUAGUAUUUCCAAUUCCUGGAAAAAGUCAUUCAAUACUUGGCCAUGCAUUUGUUAAACAUUUGCUAAAUGCUGGACAUGAAGUUACGUAUAUAACACCGAUACCAAUAAUUGAUGUUGAACCAAGACUGACACAAAUUAACGUUGAAUCUAACCACAAUAACUUUCCUGCAG